AUGUUUAACUGUUACACAUUACAUUUUGUAUUACAUCAAACAAAUUGUCACAAUGCACAUCAUCAAAAAAUAUUUCUUGUUAUUGUUACAAUAAGUCAAAGUAUUCGUUGUUGGGCGAUUUCUGGAUGUCCAGUAUAUGGGUGCCAACCGUCUGGAACAUUUUCUUUUUCACUAGAGCUUCCAUCGUCAGAACCGAAAGUUAUCUGGAACAAUACGUUCGGACCUGUAUGGAACUCUUUAGGAUGUGUUGGAAAUUGUAAUAAAAUUGUGUGCCUUUACAGAGGCCUAAGAAUACAAGGCUAUGUAGCUAUAGAUAAGUCGAGUGGAAAACAGAUAUGGUACGCCGAUGCUCUUUGGAAUUUAACACUUCCGGUUAUGGACAUGCAGGGUGGUAUUAUUUGGACAGAUGGUCAUACUAUGGUAAAAUAUGAGGCGAACGGGACUCAAGUCAAACCGUCAAUACCUAUACCACCAUUUCUGUAUCCUUGUACAACUUACAGAAAAUGGUUACGUAUAUUAGUUUUUGCAUCGAUGGCCGGAAUUAUAUUUGCAUAUGAUACUCAUGGUAUACCUGUAGCUUCUAUACCACUUCCAGGUACAUUGGACCAAGUAAACGGUACAUUUAUACCUGUUUCUACACCUGCUAUUGUGGAAAACCGUGUUUAUGUCUUAACAGAAUUUAAGCCAAGAAAUGACACUGAAGCAACAUGCAAGUCUGGAGUUGAAGGAAGGCAAGGACUUUACGCAAUCGAUGUAUUUCCUAGAAUGGCUGACAGACUUCAUAUAUCUUGGUACUUCGACUUUGAAUUGGUGUCGAAAAUUCUAGUAAAACAUAAGAAAGGUGUCGACACUUUAACUUUCGAUUUGAACCAAAGAAAACAAAUACACGAACGCAAUGAAAAGUGCCCAAGAAGAACUUUCUGGGCUAUCAAGGAUAAAGGUGACAGUUCAAGUCUGACUUAUAAAAGAUUUAUACCUGCAUCCCGAAUGGCAAUGUAUGAAACAAAUGGAGCAAUCGAAAAAAGAAGACAAAAGGAGGAAAAGUACACAUCGAAUUUACUGGCACAUAUAGCUUCUAGAUCAAGUAGAUUAAGUAAAACUACUGAAAUCCAAGUUUGGCUUUUAGCCCAGAAAAACAACCUCAUUUAUAAAGUUCUACCACUAACUGGAUCUGUGGAAACUACCAUUAACUUAUCCACUUUACUCGGAGGUGAAGCGGAAGUGACUUCAGACAUUAUGGUGUCUCGAAAAGGUGACAAUGAAAUAGACAGUUUAAUAUUCGGGGUCACAGUAAUGGGGUCAAUUAACCACAAUCUAGUUGUGUCAUUAGAUGCAAAAGGUGAAAUACAAUGGAAAAUUAAAACGCCUUAUAACGUUUCUGUAUUAUAA